AAUCUGAAAUUUCUGAAACUUCUGAUUUAUUUGAAUUUAAUUUAGAACAAUUAUAUCAAACUCCUGUAUCUUCUCCUCCUAUUACUCCACCUUUAUUACCUCUAAAUAAUAAUAAUAUGGCAUUACAAGUACAAGAUAUUAAUAAUUUAAUUAAUUCUAUUCAAGCACUAGAUAACCGUAUUCAAAAUCAAACAAAUGCUGUUGUUAAUAAUACUAAUCGUCUUGGACAAAGAGAAACUAAACUUAUCGAAAUUAUACCUUUUGCUGGUA